AUUAAAUCCAAAGAAGAAAGUAUGGGAAACUGUUCAACCAGGAUUUUCUACAAAUGAAAAUUUCGAAGUUACAUACACUUCUGAAGGUAAGGCUCCAGUUAGAUUAGUUAAUACAAGAGGUGAACUUUGUAAGAACACUACCAUUGUUGGAGCUGAAGUUAAAUAGUUAGACACAAAUUGUUAUUGUUCCAUAGAUAAUGAAAACUUACGUAGUGCGCACCAUUUUUUUCCAGCCUGUAAUGAGCAUGUAAUUAUGCUUACUGCUCACUGUAAUAGUCAAUGAUUAAUUGUUAGCUACUUAAUUAGUACAGUUAGUUGAUUAGUAACAAUGAUAGUGAAGAAUAAAGUUAAACUUAAAGAUAAGAAUGUGGCAUUAACACUUGUACCUCAAGAUUCAGAAGAUCUUUGGUAUUUAUAUAAUUUACUUCGAGUAGGAGAUACAGUUCAUGUAUUGAGUCAUAGAAAUGUUAAAAAGGGUAAUCAAGCUCAAAUACAAAAGGGGAAGAGUAAGAUGGAGAAAAUCUUAGUAAAAUUAAAACUUUUAAUUGAAGAUAUUGAUUAUAUUGCAUCUGAUAAUACUAUGAGAUUAAGUGGUAAAACUGUUGAACCAAAUGAAUAUGUUCCAUUAAAUAGUUAUCAUACUGCUGAUAUAGAAUUAAAUAAAGAUCUUACAAUUCUUAAAGAAAAUUGGGAUGAAUAUGAUAUGUCAAUACUUGAUGAUUUAUGUUCAGUUGAAAAGAAAGCAGAUAUUGGUGCAGUUGUAUUACAAGAAGGUGUUGCACAUAUAUGUUUUAUUACUGAAACAAUGACAGUACUUAAAUCAAAAGUUGAAAAAUCAAUUCCACGUAAAAAUCCUCAAUAUGGAACUAGAGAUCUUGAUAAAGCAAUGAAUACAUUUUUAAGUAUGGUACUGGAAACUAUGAUAAGACAUUUUGAUUUUGAUAAAUUAAAAGUUAUACUAUUAGCUUCACCAGGAUUUUUAGCUAAAUCAUUAUUUGAUAAAAUAAUGUUAGAUUGUCAAACUAGUCAAAAUUCAGGUGAAAAUAAAGUUUAUAAUAGUAUUUUAAAGAAUAAAUCUAAAUUUGUUAUUGCUCAUUCAUCUACUGGUUAUUUACAAGGUUUAGAAGAAGCACUUCAAGAUCCUCAAACUAAGAAAAGACUUAGUGAUACUAAAUUUUCUGAAGAAUCUAAUGCACUUUCAGAUUUUCAUAAGGCUUUAAAUGAUGAUGAUGGAAGAGCAUGGUAUGGAUUAGAAGAAGUUAAAAAGGCAAUCUAUAUGGAUGCUGUACGAUACUUAAUGGUAACUGAUCAAUUAUUUAAUAAUGAUGAUGUUGAAACUAGACGAAUGUAUAUUGAAUUAACAGAAACUGCCAAAAAGAAUGGAGCUCAAGUAUUUAUCUUUUCAAGCUUACAUGAAUCAGGAGUUCAACUUAAUCAAUUGACUGGUAUAGCGGCAUUAUUGAAGUAUCCUGUUCCUGAUUUAGAUGAGUCUGAAGAUGAAGAUGAAGAUGAAAAUGAAAAUGAAGACAAUGACGAAUAGAUUAGAUUAGAUUAGUUUCUUUAUUCCUUUA